GGGUUGCAGUCUGGCUUUCGUGACCUCGAACCCCCGGACUCACCGCCGCAUAGCUGCGCUCGGCCACCGAGUCGCGGAUUCCUGUUUGGAUCGUAAAGUUGCAGCUGCUCGUGCGCGGCCUCGUGAUGCCGCUGGUUCCCGCCUGGCUGUUCCCGAAUCGGUUACCAAUUGAGGUCGGGAGUCGGAUUUCCGUCUCCGGUGCAGGGCUGUCGUAGGGUUUGGUAUUCGGGUGCUCUGUCGCUCGGGUGCCCAGGUGGGGUGGAAUGAUUACAGAUUUUUGUGGCUGAGGCGAGCUCGUGUUGCUUGCUGCCAGUGCUGAUUGAGCUGCUGCUGGUGUCAUCGACGAUGUCGUCGUGUGAAGCAUUGGGUUUACGUUGUGGAUUGUGAGGGAAAGAGCUGGCGAGGACGUUGAUUUUUGUGCGGAGGCUUAAAGAGGACUUUUCUCUAUCUUUUCUUCUCCUUCUUCAUCCUUUUCUGGGAGAGGAUGGAUGGUACUUCGGGUCUGCAGAGUCUCGGCUCAGAAAGGGAGACAUGGAUUGACGAAGAGGUGGAGGCGCUGCUGGAUGUGUGGGGUGAUACUUACAUUCAUGUGAAGCGAGAGAAUUUGGGGAAGCGGCACUGGGAAACGGUGGUGCGGGAGGUGAACGCACGGCUGACGCACCAGCGAGAGCAGCCGCAGAUGAAGAACAAGAUUGACUCGCUGAAGAAGCGAUACAAGCGCGAGAAGCUGAGCAAGGGGGAGAGCGACCGGAAUUUGAUCACGUGGAAGUGGUACGACCGGUGCGACAUGUUGUGGGGUACUUCGACGCGGGAGAUGAGCAGCGUUGGCAUGGGCUUGGUGAGAGGGGCGCACCAACAUCAGCACCGUGUGGAGGCCGCCCAUGCUCAUUCGGUGGACAUAAUGCAGCACCAGGAUAGCAGCCGGUUGGUUCCAUUACAAGCCGCGAUGCAGCCUGAAGUGCAUCUGAAUGACGAUCGCCAUGGCCUGAACUUGAAGAAUGUUGCGGCGUCGAGGAUCGGCGAUUGCCAUGAGGAACAUUGUCCCCCGAAUGCCGAUCAGACUCUUCCCUCUCCGUGCUCCCAGUGCCGUGGCAAUCCUGGUGAGGGUCACGGUAGAGAGAAUGUGAAACGGAGGAAGCUAGGGGCGGGCAUCACAGCUGCGAAUCUAGCAAAGAUUGUCCAGGGCUUUGCGGAUACUUACGCCCGAGUGGAGCAGGCCAAGAUGGAGAUGAACAUGGUCAUGGAACUGCGACGGCUGGAGUUUAUGGAAAGGGUGGAGCUGAAGCGACAGGAGUGCGAGGAAAAGUACUUGGAGAGAAAGCUUAAGAUGGAGGAGCGGCGGCUGGAGCUGCAGCAGAAGUUGACGGACCGGAAGCUGGAGAUGCAGGAGAAGCACAUGGAGAGACGGGAGAGUCUGAAGUUGGAGAUAAUGCGGCUGCGGCUGCAGGUGGCGGGGCAACCGAAAAAGACACCCGUGGUGGAGCAGCAGGCGGUACAGACAUGCGAGAAGUUCAGCAGCUCCAACAUCACGACUUGCACUUGAAUUCCCGGUCGCUUCCAUGCGCGUAGAAAUCGCUCAACUCCACGAUUUCAUCGUCGACUUGUUAAUGUAUAGUACUAUCGUUGUACAGAACGGCAAUCCAACGCUUGUAGAUAGGCUCAGGUUAGGGUGCGUACUGUUCUGUCUCCCUCGCUGUCUCUUCCAGCAACAUCCCACUGGGGUCGGAGCAGAAGAAUAUUAGAACAGGGGCUCUUUACAGGCUCAAGUUCCUUUACAACAGCUUGCACAUGGUUGGUGUUGCUUGCCCACGUCCGGGAAGUGGGUGGCCUAUACAAAGAUGUUCAGGUAAAGAAUGUAGCAUUGAUCCGCUCGUAUACGGGAACAGCUCUUCUUUCACCAAUUGGGUUCAGUUUCCCUUGUGAUGUUUGGUGUCUGGCUGGCACUUCGCAUUUGAUUUGAUCACUGUCAAACACUAAUGAUCGCUUCAUGUCUGGUUCACCCAUGGAGGCUUGAGCAAUGGCUUUUGUACAUAAACAUGUUUGGAGCAUGGCUGUAUGUUAAGUGUGCAUUGCAGAUUGGAGCUACACAUGGAGCUCAGCCAUGAACCCAAGCUGCGGCGUUGGUGAUGUUUGCUGCAAGUUCUCUAAGGGGACGUGGUGUUACUGAUUCGUUGGGGUUGCACAUCUUGCCAAUAAAGAGCUUCACUUUUACGGUA